AUGCCCAGUUUUACUGAGUACCGCGUUUUACAAAAGUCCGCCAACCACGAAAAAAACGACGAUCGACCCAGGAUAAACAUCAGGAGACCACCUAUGGACGUGCCAUUUAUCUCAGAGGAGGAUGCAACACCAAAGAAACUCAGGGACGAGGGUGGAUCCCAUAGAGUCAAACCUCGGGCAUGGAUACACCCCCCAACGACGGAUCUCAGUGUUGUCAUGAAAGAAACAAGUAUUCAUGCCCUUAUGCUGGGCCCGCAUUCAUGCAACACAUUUUUCACCACCUCUGGCCAUGCUGCAAGACAUGGAAGGAGGUAUAUCAGUCAAGAAAACUUCUGUUGCCCUGUUGUGUAA